CAUGGUUAGUAGGUGAUCUGUUGUGCCUCUGAUAAGUUCGUUUUUUCUUCGUGAAAAUACAACUUUUUUCAAAAUGUCAAAAUUCGUUGCUAUCGCUUUAGUUUGUGCAUUAGUUGCGUGCGUCCAAAGUGCUCCACAGUUUGACCAAAAAUUCCCAGAUCAUCAGCAACCACAACAACAGUCGAAAUAUGCCGUUGCGGCCGGAAGAUUCCAUCAAGAUCCAAAUCUUGAAUACAAUUUCGAACAAAAAUUCGAGAAUGGAGAAGAGUUCAAAGAAGACGGAAAAUUCAAAACGGUCAGCGGUUUGGAUGUCAUUGUGACCAAGGGGUCAUAUACCAUCGUUGAGAAGGAUGGCUCGAUUACAGUUGUUAAUUACACUGCCGACGAACAUGGAUUCCAUCCAGAAGUUGUUACACAAGCACCAGCCGGCAAAUAAAUUUGUAGAAGUUGUAACAUCUCCACCAACCGAAGGCUAAAUAUACCAAGUUUGCGGUCUGCACAACUAGUUGACCCAGUCCGAACAAACCGUGAAUUCAAUGUUAAUUUAGUCAAAAAUUCAAAAACUUAUUUUCAAUAAAUUUGCCACAAAAAACUUUCAACAAA